AUGGCUUCGGUUAAACUUGCUUUUUUGGUCGUCUUGUUUGCCACAUUCGGCAUGUUCCUGACAAAGAAUGUAAGAGCAGCAAGCUGCAAUGGGGUUUGUUCUCCAUUUGAAAUGCCGCCAUGUCGCUCCACAGCCUGUCGAUGUAUCCCUGUUGGUCUAGUUAUAGGUUACUGCAGAAAUCCAUCUGGAGUUCUGAGGACCACCGAUGAACACCCUAACUUAUGUGAGGCUGAUGCCGAUUGUAGGAAGAAAGAAAGUGGGAACUUUUGCGGUCAUUAUCCUAAUCCUGAUAUUGAAUAUGGAUGGUGUUUUGAAUCUAAAUCUGAAGCAGAAGACGUUUUCUCUAAGAUUACCCCGAAAGACUUGUUGUCCACUGAUAUUGAUAUCCAGAAGAAAACCAUGUAUGCAAGAGAUGGUGAACCUAUGUACUUUAAAUAA